AUGGAAUUCAGUGAAAUUAUGCUUAGUUGGAAAGACGACUGGCCUGAACUGUUUGAUAAUAUUUUAUGGUCAGAUGAGGCUGUUUUCCAUGUUGAAGGGUUUGUCAAUCGGCAUAACUGUCAUUAUUGGGCUAAUAAAGAUCCAGGUAUGACAAUUGAAAGGAUGCAAUCACAACCAAAAAUCCUAGUGUGGUGUGGAUUUACUUCAACGGAAUUUAUUGGUCCAUAUCUGUUACGUGAUACCAUGAAUGGUGAACGAUAUCUGGAGAUGUUAGAAAGUUUUGUAUGGCCUACAAUCAGUCAAUGGAACAACAUUGAUGAACUCAUAUUUAUGCACGAUGGUGCUCCAGCACACUAUACUCGUACAGUCCGGAAUUGGCUUGACAAUCAUUUUCCUUCGAAAUGGAUAGGUCGACGAGGACCAACAUCAUAG